AUGGCGGAAAUAACUCAGGAACGUUUAGAGGAUCGACUUCCCGAAUUACAGCAGUUGGAGCGCACUGGACUCUUCAGUGAGGCCGAGAUUAGGGCAAUCAUUAGGAAGGUUUCAGAACUAGAAUAUGGAAUACAGCGAAGAAGUCUUUCAAAGGACAGCUUUAUCAGAUAUGUUCAGUAUGAAAUUUACCUUUUGGAUCUGAUCCACAAAAGAAGAGCUCGUGCUGGAUACACAUUUAAGAAGGAUGAGAUUGAGGACCCUAUGAUACGUCGGAUACAGAGUGUCUUCCAACGUGCAACGAUUAAGUGGAAAGAUGAUGUUAAGCUUUGGCUGUCUUUUGUAGCCUUUUGUAGGAAGUGGGCUGCCAAUGUUCAACUUAGCAAGUUAUUUUCUUCCUUGUUGGCCUUUCAUUCGAACAAGCCAGGUUUGUGGAUUUUGGCGGCGAAAUGGGAAAUGGAAGACCACUUGUCUUCAGAAAGUGCAAGACAGCUAUUUCUUCGGGCUCUGCGCUUUCACCCACGUUACCCGAAACUUUAUGAAGAAUACUUUAGGAUGGAGCUGAUGCAUGCUGAAAAAUUGAGGAAGGAAAAGCAAGAGUUUGAAAAAGCCAACAUGGAUGUGGGGAAUCUCGAGCAUGCUGAAGAAGUCCUUACGGGCGAGUUGGCACGGAUCAUCUAUAAGAAUUCUAUAAGUGUAAUUAAAAGUGCAAAAUUUCAUGUGUCACUGCUUUCAAUUGCACAGCAGUUCGACUUUGCCAAAGAUCUGCAAAGAGAAAUUUACAAUGACCUUAAGGCUCUGCACACAGACGACCCCCUCACUUGGGACUAUGUGGCCCGGCAAGAAUUAGUGAUUAAAUCACAGCCAGGAGAAGAGCUGCCUACAACUAAACAAGCCAAAGCGAAGGAGGUGGGCCGCCGGGAAGAGAGGUGCUGUGCUGUGUACGAGGAGGCGGUAAAAACUCUGCCCACAGAGGCUAUGUGGAAGUGUUACAUGAACUUCUGCAUGGAGAGAUUUACUAAGAAGACAAGCAGUCGCCUCCUCAGAAAGAAGAGGCUGGAAAGAACCAUGGCUACAUUCUGGAAGGCACAUGAGCUGAAACUUUUACCAGAACUCCAGUACAGGCAGUUGAGCAAGUUGUUGCUGUACCGACAGUUGCUUAAGGAAUCCCUGGAGGUGGCAGACGCUGGGGUGGAAUUGUUCAGAAAAUCAGUGGAGAUGUGGCAGGUGAAGCUGGAGGCCCUGAUUUCAUCAGAGAGCCAGGAGAUGACCAAGGUUUUUAACCAAGCCUUUGAGUACCUGAAACCCCAGAUUUGUCUUCCCUUGUGGCUUACUUGGGCACAGUGUAGUGAAGAGAUCGGAAAGCAAGAAGAAGCUGAAAUGAUCUAUAAGAGAGCUGUCUUUCGUCUCUCAGGAGAUGACUCAGCCACUAUGAAGGAAAUGUACCUGGCUUGGGCUUAUCGAAGUGGUGGUUACAAAAAGGCCAGAGAUGUAUUUAAAAGUUUACAGGAAAACCGUCCAUUUUCAGUUGAUUUUUUCAGGAAGAUGAUUGAGUUUGAGAAGGAGCAAGAAUCCUGUAAGAUGGAAAACUUAAGAGAGUAUUAUGAGAGGGCUUUGAGAGAAUUUGGAACUGUUGAUUCUGAUCUCUGGAUUGAUUACAUCAAAGAAGAAUUGAACCACCCACUUGGUAGACCUGAGAACUGCGGACAGCUCUAUUGGCGAGCCAUGAAAAUGUUGCAGGGAGAGUCAGUAGAGCAGUUUAUGUCUAAACAUGCUCUGCAUCAAGCCGGCCGUUUGUGA